UCCGAUCCAUAAUCGAUUCUAUCACUUGGGUAUCCCUCCCCUCGUUCGCGCGCCGUCACCCGAAAUUGCUGCGCUCGUCGUUGUUGUUGUUAACUCCCCCUCCUGUCAACAACUCCCCCGCCUGUCAACAACAACUCCCCCUCCUGUCAACAACUCCCCCGCCUGGUCAACAACUCCCCGCCUGCUGAGGGAGGCGGCCAUGUCGUCGUCGCCGAGGCGCGGGGCGCUGCUGAGGCCGCUGGGCGCGGGGCUCGCGGCCUCGCGUGGGGCUGUGGAGGUGCCGGGCAGCGGCGUCACCCGCAUCGGUCGCGGCCCUCUACUUGGGGUGACGGACAAAAGAGUGUCCAGAGAGCAUGGACUGCUAGAGCUGGUCGAGGGCAAGCUGCGAUUGAAGCCGCUGCACGUGAACCCGUGCUACCACGGCGCGCAGGGCUCUACGGCCCUGCGGCCGCUGCCCCGGGGCGAGUGGACGUGGCUGCAGCCGGGGGACCGUCUGGCGCUGCUUGCCGAUGCCUUCGUGUACGAGGUCAUCUACGUGCCCGAGGACGGUGGCCCUCGUGCCGAGGAAAGUGCUCAGGCCGAUGAUGAACGUCAGCAUGCGGAAGAACAACUUGUGGGCAAGGAAGUUUUUCCUAAGGAAACAAAAGGAGAACGGCUCAUCAAUUCACCCAAGUCGGAACCUCGUACCAGCCAAGGAGAGCAGCAGAGCACUAGCUCGGCCCUGGCAGUGUCAGAUUGUACUGGGCCUAAGAAAGAAAACGGCACAUCCUGCGCUCCUGACACCAGCCAGAACCUCCCACAUCCAUCACAGGUGGAUGCAGCCAUAGGUGAGCAACCGAAUAUUCAGAGAGAGCGCAAGCUGCCGGCGUGGAUGCUGACCGAUGAUGACGAUGUGCAGGAGAAGACUCCCACCAAGUCCAAGGGGGGGAAGGGCAAAGGCAGUGCGAAGCCACAAGCAGCAGCACAUGGCCAAGGAGCUGGGAAGAGGAGGGGACCGGGGAGUGAUGAUGAGGAUGAGGUGGAAAUUGGGACUCAGAAAAAAAGAAAGAUAACAUCAACAAAGGUCAAGGAGCAAGAGGAAGAUCGGAAAAGCUCUUUUGGAAAUGAGGAGCCUGGGAGUUGUGAUGAUCUGAAUGAAUUACCUGCAGAAAGUGACUUGGCCAGUGUGAAUUCAGCAGGAGACCCAAGGCAGAAGGAAGAGGCAGUCCCCCUAGCACGGGAAGAUCAACGUGAUGUUCCACAAACGUCAUCUGGCCAGUCUGUAAGCUCGCAGCACUCAUUGCAGCAGCCCGUGCAACCGGGGGGAUCCCAGAGGCGUAGUCCCUCACCCGGGGACUCGGGCCGUGGGGAAGGAACCCCUCCCCAGAAGAUGCAGCGCACGCCUUGCCUAUACGCAGAGAGGUGUUACAGGAAGAACCCAUUGCAUUUCCAAGAAUGCAGCCAUCCCGGGGAUCUUGAUUAUGUGGUGGAUGAAGUGGCAGAUACUGAUAAGCCCGACUGUCCAUACGGCACUUCCUGCUACAGACAGAACCCGCAACACAGGAUGGCAUUCAACCACACGAAUCCCCCAGUUGCAGGGACCCGGCGAUCACAAAGGAGAACUACCAAGAGAGCGAACGAUGAGGACAGCGGUGAUGACGGCGAAGACUCCGACCUGGAAGACAGCUUCAUUGACGAUGACGAUUAUUCGGAGGGUGAGGAGGGCUCGGAGUGGGAUCCAGAGCUCUCGGACGGAGAGGAGGAUCUUAAAACGCUCAAUAAGGAGGCCAAGCAAUUCAUUCGCAAGAAAAAAGUGUAGCGACUUGAUCUCGUGGUAACAUUUCGCUUUUUUCAAACGUUUUAUAAAUUGUGUUUUCCCAGAUACGCAAGGUAGUGGAGAUUGUUUGUAUUGUUAAUUAAAAUGUUUUAAAUAUCUGUUUUAAUAAAUUUACUCAUUUGAUUGGAAGUGCUUCACAAUAAUUGCACAUUAAAGCGAUGUACAGAA